AAAUUCACAUUUCGUUUAACACUCAACCAUUGCAGGUGUGAGCACUGUACGUCCGAACGAGUAGAAUAAACCAAAACAUAAAAAAAGAAGAAUCAUAACAAAAAACAAAGCAUUGUUUUUUACUUGAGCUCAAAGAACGAAAGAAUAUCUUUUUGCGUAGAACUUCUUACAACUCUAAAGUCCAUCAACAAAACUCUACAGGGUCAAGAUGAAAAUUACUGUAACAACCACAACGGAUAAAAUCUUUUUUCUUGAUGUUUCGGAGGAAUUGGAACUGGAAAAUUUUAAAGCCUUUUGUGAGGUGGAAUCUGGUAUUACCGGCUCACAAAUGGUUGUUGUCUUCAAUGGCAAGCCAUUGAUCGACAACCAGAAGCCUCUGAAACAUUUUGGCAUAAAAGAUGGCGAUUGUGUGAUGUUACAAAUACAACGUCCACCACAAGCCGCCAGAUCCAACAUUUCAGCUGCUGGUCGUGGUACUCCAAUGGAUUUGGAUGAAGCCGCCAUACGUGACUUGGAUUUCAGCAAUAUUAACAUACCCGGAACCAGUUCGGGCAGUAGUGCUGGUGGUAACAGUGGCUAUCGUUCUGGUUCCAAUAUUCUGGAAUACAAUGACACAGAUGAAUUCAAUGUCAAUUAUGAUGAUGAUCCAACAGCAGUGCGUAAAAUGUUCCUUGAUAAUCCCGAAUCAUUGGCAUUGUUGAAACAAAACAAUCCCCGCUUGGCCGAUGCUUUGUUAUCGGGCAAUAUGGAGAGUUUUGAGAAGGUCUUAAAAGAACAAAUUGAUGCCAGAAAGGCUCGCAAUGCUCAACGUUUGCGCAUGUUACAUGCCGAUCCCUUUGAUCCGGAAGCUCAACGCAUGAUUGAGGAGGAGAUUAAGCAAAAGAAUAUUCAAGAAAAUAUGGCAGCCGCAAUUGAAAUGCAUCCCGAAGUUUUUGGCACCGUUACAAUGCUUUAUAUAAAUUGCAAAGUGAAUGGUGUUCCUGUUAAGGCUUUUGUGGAUUCAGGUGCUCAAACUACCAUUAUGAGUUCGGCUUGUGCUCAACGUUGUAAUGUUACACAUUUAAUUGAUACCAAAUGGAGUGGUAUAGCUAAAGGUGUUGGCACCCAACGUAUUAUUGGUCGCAUUCAUAUGGGCAAAUUACAAAUAGAAAAUGAUUAUUUAGUUUCAAGCUUUUCGGUUUUGGAACAACAACCCAUGGACAUGUUGCUGGGUUUGGAUAUGCUAAAAAGACAUCAGUGUAACAUUGACUUGCAGACUAAUGUUUUGCGCAUUGGUACCACUGGUACGGAAACAAAAUUCUUGCCCGAAAGUGAACUGCCCGAGUGUGCCCGCUUGUCGGGCAACUCAGAAGAAGAUCUCAAAGUAAUGGCAGAAUCAGCCAAUGACGCCGAAGAGCGUGCAAUCAAAGAUGCCAUUGAGCAAAGUAAACGAGAAACGAGCAGUGGAGCCUGCUCUACGAGUACAGCGAAUGCAAUUGCUGCUGGUGACAAAUUUAGUGAAAGCGAUGUAAAUGAUCUCGUUAAAAUGGGCUUCAAACGUGACGACGUCAUUACGGAACUUCGUAGAAAUUAUGGUAAUAAAACUCAAGCUAUUGCUGCACUCAUAGCAAAAACUUUAAAAUUUUAAAAGCAAAAUAGACUUUUCUUGGACACACAACUCAUUUAUAGUUUUAGAUUAAAAACAAAAACAACAAAAACAAAACUAAAUUUAAGUUGAAAUUUAAUUGAACCAUCUAAUUUGAAAUCACAAUAAUCAUACAUAAAAUUAGAUACUUGAAAAUGGAAAAGGAAAUAAAUUUAAUAAAUAACAACAAUAAUUAAAUUCAAAAUUUAAUAACAAAAAGCAUUAAAACUAAUUAAAAAAAGCCUACCAUUUUAAUUACGAACUACCUCAGGCUGGAAGCAUUUCUUAUAACAUUUUUUUCUAUAACCAUAUAAAGAAAAACAUGAAAUGAAAAUAUUUAUUAAACAAAAAAAAUUGCAAACAAUAAAGUCAUAAAACAAAUACAAAUAAAAUGACUAGACAUUUUAUAAACAAAGAAACAAAUAUACAAUAAAAAAGUUAAUAAAACCAAUGUACUGAAUUUCAUAAAAAAACAACAAAAUAUAUUAAGAACAACAAACAACAUCAACGAAUCAAGCAAGAUUUAAGAAUUUUAAAACAUAUACAUUUCUUACUCUUUUUUUUCUAGCUUGUAAGUAAAUUUAAUUUAAAAAAAUCACUACGUAAAUGAUUUAGAAACAUAUUGUACUAUAGAAAUAAACAUAUACGCAAAAUUAUGAAAAAAAAAAAAUAAUAAUAAUUACCAAAUAUAAUUGAAAAAAUAUUUGAUUUUAAGAGUUUUGAAAUUUUAUAUUUUAUUUGUGUAAUAAGUUUUUAAAAACUAUUAGACAAAAUAUUAUGGGGCUUGAUUAUUAAAAAUAUGCGAAAAAGUUUAUCAUGAUCUGGUUAGAGUUUAUAGUUCUACAAAUUAUAAAACAAACAAAAAGAAACGUAUAAAUAUAACUAUAAUUGGUGGUUGCAUAAGUUUCAUUUCAUUUAAAAAAAAUAUAUAUACAUAGGUAUACAUUUGUUUGGUUAAGUAAUAUCCUUUUAUAGUUUACUGGUUAAAAUAAAUAAAAAUGAAUUUAAGAAAAAUAAAA